UUCUGUUUUGCAUUUUGCGCUGGUCGCUUCGCUUGAUCUCCAGUCGCUACCCACUAUUUCCGCCCACGCAUUUUCGUUGUUCAGUACUCUUCAGGGCUUAGUGGUUUCUGCUCGCUGAAACAGCCAUGGGAAGGCGAAGAAAAUCGCUUUCCGUCGAAGAACGAGAGAGAGUUCUACAGAAAGGGAAAAUGAAAGAACAAGCUAUCACAGUGGAAGACGACGACGAGGGUGACGAAGAAGAAUUAGAAGAUGAGGAUGAUUUGGAUAACUUUGAGGAUGAUGGAUUUAUCGUUGGUUUUGAUGAAGAAGAGGAGGAAGACAAUCCACAAGAAACGCAAGAGCCGAAAAAGAAGAAGCGAAAACCAUCAAAUUGCAUUGUUCUUGAUGAUGAUGAUCUUGAGCUAAUUCGUGAAAACAAAAACUUGGGCAUUAAUCAGGAAGAAUUUGGCAAUGAACAGUUUAAGAGGCUUAAAAAGGCUGGCACAGAAAGUGAGAAAAAGGGACGGUCUUCGGAAUUCUUAAGAUCACUUUUUGAUGAUAAUGUUGAAGAUGACCAGCAUGUAUCUGAUGAUUCAGAGGAUGACAUGGAAGAUUUCAUAGUGGAUGAAGAGGAUGCGUAUGGGGAGAAAGAUACGUUCAGACAAGGGAAGCUUAGUGAAUCCAAGAAGUCGUCGUUACAGCUAAAUGAAGCCAAAUAUACUUUUGGCACAGGUGUUCCACUACCAGAACAUUGCAAGGAAGUUCCAUUUGCAUCCGUCGAGACUGAUGAGUGUUACAAGUCUGAGUCACUGGUUCUGACAGAAGUGAAUGUAACUGGAAAGUGUAACUCUUUAGAUGAUAUAGACAUACCUGAGAGGAUGCAGGUAUUUGAGGACAUGAUGGGAUCAAUUCCGUGUGACAUAAAGAGUAUAGAAGAAGAAAGUUCUUGGAUUCUUAGUCAACUUGAUUCAAAUCCAUUGUUUAGUGAGAAACGAGAAGAGGAUGAAUCAUGCAGACUGCGUGCUAGAAUAAAGAGGGAAGAUAUUGUGAGGUUUUUGGAAUUGAAUCAUGUGAAGAAAUAUGACAUACCAUUUAUUGCAAUGUACCGGAAGGAACAGUGCCUCAGUCUUCUGGAAGAUCCAGAGCAGGAUGAAGCAGGGAGAACAGUAGAAGAUAUUGAGAGAAAGCCUCAGCUGAAAUGGCACAAGGUACUUUGGAUAAUCAGGGAAUUGGAUAAAAAAUGGUUGCUUCUUCAGAAGCGAAAGAGUGUUCUCAUGACAUCCUAUAACAAUCGUUUUCAUGAAGGAUGCCAAACGGCUCUCUCUGAUGAAAAAGCCAUUUUCAACCAGCAGCUUUCUGAAACUAUCACCAAUAUGCUCAAGUCAGCAGAAUCAGAUAGAGAGAUUGAUGAUAUCGAACUGAAGUUUAAUUUACAUUUUCCUCCGGUUGAAGGGUUCUUGGAUGUCGGUUAUAAAAGGCCUGUGAAGGAGUCUUUAUAUUCUAAAUGCAGUGUGGCAGGUCUAUGGUUGCUUGCAAGAAAAUUUGGGAGCUCCGAGAAAUUUGGGUUGCUAAUUACUCCUGAGAAAGUGGGAAUGGAGAAUCAUGAGGAUCCUGAGGAAUCUCCUGAGGAGUUAGCUUCGAUAUACAAGCGUGCAACAUUUGAAACUCCAGAAUUUGUGCUUGAAGGCGCUAGGCACAUGGCUGCAGUGGAGAUCAGCAGUGAGAUGUCAUUGAGGAAAUAUGUUCGCAGCAUAUAUAUGAAUAGUGCUCUACUUUCAACUGGCCCUACAUUGAAAGGAAAUAGAACAAUAGAUAAACAUCAUCAAUUAGCAAGUGUCAAGUGGCUACAGGACAAACCCCUCACAAAGUUCAAGGAUGCCCAGUGGUUUGUCAUUCAAAAUGCUGAGAAAGAGGAGCUUCUUCAAGUUAAAAUAAGGUUGCCUGAUCGUGUUCUAUCUGAAUUAAUAAAUGCUUGCAAUGAUGUUUAUCUCAACCACAGUGAACGUACGUCUGCUCAGCUUUGGAAUGAACAGCGUAAGUCAAUUGUGCAGGAUGCUAUUUCAAAUUUUCUUCUGCCAUCUAUGGAGAAGGAAGCACGAGAAUUAUUGACUGCUAAGGCCAAAAACUGGUUAAUAAUGGAGUAUGGGAGGGAAUUAUGGAACAGAGUCUGUGUGGCACCAUAUCAAUGCAGGGGCAAUGCCACUGCACAAGAGAAGGGUGCUGGUGGUGCUUCCAAAGUCAUGGCCUGUUGUUGGGGAAUUGGAAAGCCGGGCACUGCAUUUGUGAUGUUGGAUUCUAAAGGCGAAUUGGUUGAUGUGAUCCAUGCUGGGUCACUUACUCUACGAUCACAGAAUAUAAAUGAUCAGCAGCGGAGGAAAAAUGAUCAACAGCGACUUCUUAAGUUCCUAACAAAUCAUCAACCACAAGUAAUUGUUAUCGGAGCUAAUGCAUCCUGUAUACGGUUGAGAGAUGACAUUAACGAGAUUAUUUCAGUGAUGCGGGGGGAAAAUCCUGAAGAUGUCAGUCAGGAGAUGAAAGGACUAACAAUAGUUUUAGGGGAUGAAAGCUUGCCUCGCCUUUAUGAAGAUUCGGAAAUUUCUGAGGACCAGCUUCCCAGACAACAAGGCAUUGUGAAGAGGGCAGUGGCUCUUGGACGUUACCUUCUAAAUCCAUUGGCAAUGGUUGCAACACUCUGUGGGUUCAAAAAGGAGCUUUUAUCUUGGAAGCUGAAUCCUUUGGAGCAAUUUCUAACACGUGAUGAUAAGUUAGAGAUAAUUGAAUGGGUCAUGGUAGAUAUCACCAACCAAGUAGGCGUGGAUGUAAAUUUGGUUAUCGGCCAUAAUUGGCUUUCUGCUCCAUUGCAAUUUGUUUCUGGUCUUGGACCCAAAAAAGCUGACAUUCUGUGUAGAGAAUUACUUGGAACAACUCUGGGAGAUAGGAAGUAUUUGAGUAAAUGUAGUCUGAACUCAAUGAGGAUUUUCUGGAAUGCAGUUGGCUUUUUAAAGGUGUCAUGUAAUGAACCAAUCUUUGCUGAUACCGUUGCUAACAUUCUGGAUCGUACAAGAGUUCAUCCUGAGUCUUAUCAUCUUGCUGAGGAAUUCGCAAGAGCUGUAUAUAGACACAAUAAUCCAGAUUCUGAUGCUACCCAAGUGAAUGCAAUUGAAAUUUUGCAGGAUGAACCUAACCUGCUACAAACUUUUGAUGUGAAUGAUUAUGCAGCUAGACUGGAAGUAGAAACAGGAGAAUGUAAAAGAGAGACUCUCUAUGAUAUAAAGGAAGAAUUUCUUGAUGGAUUUAAAGAUCCCCGGAUACCUUAUAGGGAACCUACUCAGGAUGAGGAGUUCUUGAUGAUGACUAGAGAAACUGGGGAUGUACCUAUUGAGGGGAAGAGAGUUCAGGCAACAGUUCGUAAUGUGCAGUCAAAGCAAGCAUUUUGCAUACUUGACUCUGGAUUGGCUGCAGUAUUGCUUAAGGAAGAUUUUUCAGAUGAAACUGAUGAUAUAUUUUUAACGGAUAAAUUGUGUGAAGGUGCUGUGCUUAAUUGCAAGAUCAAAUUAAUUGACAAGAACAGAUACCGGGUGCAUUUGACAUGUAAACCAAGUGAGUUGAAGAGUGAUGGUGAGCAAAGUUUCCAAGACAUGGAUCCUUAUUACUGUGAAGGAAAAAUUUUACCGAGUCAAUCAGGGGAAAUAAACAAGGAGGAGCUUGUAAAUAAACAUUUCAAGUCCAGGAUGAUUUCUCAUCCCCAUUUUCAAAAUAUAACUGCUGAUCUAGCGAAAGAGUUCCUUGCAGAUAAAGCUGUUGGCCACUAUAUUUUUCACCCAAGCGGUAGUUGUCUGUGGAAAUUAACCUUAUCUCUUAAAAUUUUUGAUGGACUUUGUGUGCACAAAGACAUUGUUGAAGGUGGAAAAGCUCCAGAUAUGAAAAGCAUGCUUGCACUUGGGAAGACAUUAAGGAUAGGAGAAGAAAUAUUUGAGGACAUAGACAAGGUUGUGGAACGCUUUGUCAAUCCAUUGGUGGUUAAUCUGAAAGCGAUGCUGAAUCACAAAAAAUUUAAGGGUUCAAAAGCUGAGGUUGACGAGUUACUGAAAAAGGAGAAGGAAGAAUAUCCAAAAAGGAUAGUAUAUGCUUUUGCAAUUUCAUUUGAGCAUCCUGGCACUUUCAUCUUGACUUACAUUAAAAGUACAACUCUGCGUCAUGAGUUUAUUGGUAUUCAUCCUAAAGGAUUCAAAUUUAGGAAGCAAUUAUUUGAUAACAUCGAGCAGCUGGUGUCAUACUUCCAGGAUCAUAUCAAUGACAGUAUUUUACCAGGAAGAAAACCGAUCAUAGAUGGUUCAUGGGAGAAGUCCACAGACAAUAAUGGGGGAGAUGGCCGUGGCCGCGGACGUGGCCGUGGACGUGGACGUGGCUUUGGUCGCGGACGCGGACGCGGAUGCAGUGAAAGUGGAAUGCAAAAUGCUGGUAGGGAUGAAAAUGCAUGGGGUCAGAGCCAAGGUUAUGAUGGAAAACGUGAAUCUGAAAUGACCGAUAGUUUAUGGGGCAGUGCUUCAAAUGACCACACUACUGGUAGUAAUGGAUGGUCUAACAAAAGCAACCAAGGUGAUGAAUGCAAUAACAAAAGCUACAGUGGUGGAUGGGGUAAUGCUGGAACUGAAACUGACAACAACAAUGGCGGCGGUUGGGCUAAUACUAAGUCUUCUAGUUGGAAGGGUAACACAGGGAAGAGUUGGGGUGAAAGUGGUUCUGGUGGAGGCAAUGACGGAGGAGCCACCUGGCAGCAGAGUAAUUAUGAGAGUGAGAUGAAUCCUGCUGAUAACAAUCAUGGUGCCUUCAAUGAUGGUGGUUGGGAACAGGGGCGAGGGGACAGAGGAAGGGGAAGAAGAGGCCGAGGACGCGGGCGUGGACGUGGACGUGAAGGUAAUAAUGACAACUAUAGUGGUGGCGGGUGGGGUGAUACUGGAAAUGAUCAUGGCGGCGGCGGCGGCGGCGGCUGGACUGAUGCCAAUUCUUCAGGAAGGGGAAGGGAAAGGGGAAGGAGAGGCAGAGGGGGCCGAGGUGACGGCCAAGGAUGUGGACAUGAAGGUGGUAAUGAUGACAGCUAUAAUGGUGGUGGAUGGAGUUCGGAUUGGGGAAAUAAUAAAGGGAAGAGUUGGAGUGAGAGUAUUCUUGGCAGCGGCCCAGAACGCAAUGAAAACAACUCUGGUGGUGGUUGGGGAGGUAGCAAAGGAAAGAGUUGGGGUAAUGAUGAUGUGGGAGAAGGUAAUAACAAUGAAGGUGGUGGUUGGGGACAAGGCCAAGGACAGGGAAGAGGAAGGGCAUGGAAUAAAGGUGGUGAUGAUGGCUGGGGAAGCAGGGGUGGUAAUGACAACAAAAGUGAUAGUGGACAAUGGAGCAAUGCUGGAACCAAUUACCCUAGUGGCAGUGGUGGUGGUGGUGGCGGCUGGGGAGGCAAAGGUAAUAAUGACAACAAGAGCUUUGGUGGACAAUGGGGCAAUGCUGGAACCAGUGGUGGCAGUGGCGGUGGCGGUUGGGGAGGCAGAGGUAAUGAUGACAAGAAAAGCCUUGGUGGACAAUGGGGCAAUGCUGGAACCAGUGGUGGAGGCGGCAGUGGUGGUUGGGGAGGCGGAGGUAAUGAUGACAACAAAAGCCUUGGUGGACAAUGGGGCAACACUGGAACCAAUCACUCUAGUGGCAGCGGCUGGGUAGGCAGAAGUGGUAAUGAAAACAAAAGCGAUGGUGGACGAUGGGGCAAUGCUGGAACCAAUCACUCUAGCAGUGGCGGAGGCGGAUGGGGAGGUGGAGGUAAUGAUGACAACAAAAGCCUUGGUGGACAAUGGGGCAAUGCUGGAACCAAUCGCUCUAGCGGUGGUGGCUGGGGAGGCAGAGGUGUUAAUGACAACAAAAGCAAUGGUGGACAAUGGGGCAACACUGGAACCAAUCACUCUAGUCGAAGCGGCGGCGGCGGCGGCUGGAGAGGUGGAGGUGGAGGUGGUGAUGACAACAAAAGUGAUGGUGGCCAAUGGGGCAAUGCUGGAACCAAUCACUCUAGUGGCAGUGGUGGUGCUGGUUGGGGAGGUGGAGGUAAUGAUGAUAGCAAAAGCCUUGGUGGGCAACGGGGCAAUGCUGGAACCAGUCACUCUAGCGGCGGCGGCUGGGGACGCGGAGGUAAUGAUGACAACAAAAGCAGCGGCUGGGUUAGUGCUCAUUCUUCUGGUCAAGGUUGUUCUGAUGGCGGCCGGUAACAAGAAAAGAAACUCAGAUGGGGGCUGGGUUUGAUGUUAAGGUAGGAACAUAGGCACAGCUCUCAUGACGAACAUCCGACUUCACAAAGUAUUUUGACAAUCUUUUAUGACUCUAACUGGAAACAAGAACUUAAUUUCCUGUAGAAAUGAAUGACGUUAUCAUAGUUUUUCA